UCUUCCAAUGAUAGCCAUAAUGAGUUAGAAUAGCUGUUUAGUGAGAGUCUUUGGGCUGAAGUAGGUAUGCACAGCUGUUGAGAGAGAGGGAGAGUUGGUCGUGAAAACUACAACCCUGUGGGGAUGUCAUGUAGAGGAAUCUUUGUAAAACACAGCAAAUUCUGACUUGUUGUGGUAGACUUGUGGUAGACUUGUCUGAUAUAAUCUGGUUAAUCAUGGUGGAACAUUUCCAGGAAUCAGUCUCUAAGUUUCAUGGUGUGCGUACGAAGUUCAAUUGAUGUGAAAGUACAGCUCUGAAGAGCUGAAGUUUGAACUUUGAAACAGAGGCAAACAGAGAGAUAUAGAACUCUUGGAAACACUAUGCUUUGGGUUACUGUUCUACUACCAAGCUUUGCAAUCUUUUAGCUGUCUGCCUUAAUCUUGUCAAAUAAAAAGCCUGACCCAGACAAAUCACUAGUCAGUCACUAAUCACUAUUUAAGCAAUCCACAUAAUGUUCUGAAAUGUUCUACUGUCUCCCGCCUAUACUACCUCCCACUAAAAGUGAUGCAAACUUGCGUCACUGAAGUAUUUUCAAAGACCAAGGAACACUAGCAGGGGUCUCGGAGCCCAUAUCCAUGUUACAGUGGACCGGAGCAUGAUGAUGUUCUAACUUAGUUCACAGCUAGGUAAAAGGUUUGGGGUUCUUUCCAUCCGAGUGGUUGCUGUGUUGGACUCCAAUCAGUUAACUGAUUUAUAAUCCAGCCUUCAGAAGAACCACAUUUCCUUAGCAAAGCCUGUGGAAUGUAAAAGCGGAUUACCAUAAACUGCAUAACCUCGCAGGGCUAUUUAUUUACAGUUUUACAACAGUUUUGACUUCACAGAUUUUUACAGCCUUUUUUUUUUCUCACAAUUCUGGCUUCAACUGACAAGGCUCCAUGGGCUGAGGGAGUCCUAUGUGCAUGAAAGACAAAUGAAAGACACUGUACUUUUGCAUUUCACUCCUGAAGCAAGAACUGUACUUGAUAUUGAACUGCUGUUGAAGUCCACUCCAACAACAUCUGUGGAAAGAAAUCACCAAAGUUCUCAUGUGCUCCGCUGUACUGAAGGACUUUAGAAGGGUAACACUCUGAGGAUAGUCCCAGACGCUCCGUCCGAGCAUGGCUUUCGGAGAACUCCUGGAUCAGGUGGGCGGCACCGGUCGCUUCCAGGUGAUGCACGUCACCCUCCUCUGCAUACCCAUACUGAUGAUGGCCAGCCACAACCUGCUGCAAAACUUUGUGGCUCCGGUGCCACCACACCAUUGCAGCGCCCACGCCAACCUCUCACUUCACACGCUCACCAAGGAGCAGGUGCAACGCAUCACCGUCCCGGUAGAUGAGAAGGACAAGCCGGCCAGAUGCCAGCGCUAUGCCACUCCGCAGUGGGGCCUCUUGAAUGUGACGGAUAGGGCUGAGGCUGAGGAGGAGGAUGCCUUUGCAGACACUCUUGACGUGGAGCUACAGGGAUGCCAAGAUGGAUGGGAAUAUGGAAAGACUGAGAGGAGCUCCACCAUUAUUACAGAGUGGGACCUGGUUUGUGACCAGCGUUCAUUAAAACAGAUGGGUCAAACCAUUUAUAUGGGAGGGGUGCUUAUAGGUGCUGUUAUAUUUGGGGGACUGUCAGACAAAUUUGGAAGGCUUUACCUGCUGCAAUUCUCAUAUCUCUUACUGGCAGUGUCAGGGACUUGUACUGCCUUUGCCACGUCCUUCACCGUCUUUUGCCUCUUCCGGUUUGGCUGUGGCAUGGCUCUCUCUGGACUGGUGCUCAACACCCUCUCUCUAGUUCUGGAGUGGAUCCCCACGCGAGUGCGGACGAUCGUGGGAACAGGGACAGGUUACUGCUAUACGAUCGGGCAGCUGCUGCUGGCACUUGUGGCUUAUUUCAUCCGUGACUGGCGUUGGCUUACAUUGGCUGUGUCACUACCAUUCUAUGGCUUCUUCAUCUACUCAUGGUGGUAUUUAGAAUCUGCCAGGUGGUUGGUUUUAAACCGGAAGUCCGAAAAAGCUGUCAAAAACCUCCAGGCUGUCGCUCGAAUCAAUGGCCGCCAUGCAGAGGGAGAGAAAAUUACUCUUGAGGUCCUCCAAGAGUCCAUGAAGAAAGAGAUGUCAUGCUCCGAAGGGUCGUAUUCUGCACUAGACCUGGUCCGCACCCCCGUCAUGAGGACCAUCACCAUCUGCCUCAGUGCUAUCUGGUUCUCGACCAGCUUUGGCUAUUAUGGGCUUUCCAUGGACCUGCAGAAGUUUGGAGUGGACAUGUACCUGAUUCAGGUCAUCUUCGGCGCUGUGGACAUCCCAGCCAAAGUCAUCGUCACGGUGGCCAUGAGUGUGUUUGGGCGCCGGCCCUCCCAGUGUGCUUCCCUCAUCUUGGCUGGUAUCGCCGUACUUUCCAACCUGUUGGUGCCCUACGAGAAACAGACAAUGCGUACCGUUCUGGCUGUGGUGGGGAAAGGCUGCCUGGCGGCUUCGUUCAACUGCUGUUACCUGUAUUCACCAGAGCUCUACCCUACCGUCAUUCGGCAGAAUGGCAUGGGCUUUGUUUCCAUGACAGCGCGAUUCGGGGCUAUGGUGGCCCCUAUGGUUCAGUUACUUGGAGAGCGUGUUCCUUGGCUACCGGGACUCAUUUACGGGGGAGUUCCUAUCAUAAGUGGCUUUUUUGCCAUCUUUCUGCCUGAGACUCUUGCAUCCCCUUUACCUGACACAGUUCAAGAUGUAGAGGAAAGAGGUUACAGGCGGAAAAACACCAAAGCCAAAAAGGAGGAACUACCUACAGAAGACACUAGCAAGCCUCUGAAGGAUGCUGCCUGAACACGCCUCUGAAGGAUGCUGCCUCUGAAGGAUGCUGCCUCUGAAGGAUGCUGCCUCUGAAGGAUGCUGCCUGAACCCUUCACACUCAAGAAGAUGUGACAGCUACCAUCAGUUUCCCUGUCAUGGGCUACUGUGGAAUCUGUGCAAGGAAUUAUUAAAUGUUUAUAUUGUGUUAUUCCAUACAUUAUUAUUGUUAUUUUUUGACUAGGAGACAUCUGGAUGCAGCCUGUUUUGUAUUUAGUGUGUAGGCUACACAGUUUGAGCGAAUGCGGCAUUCAUAAUAUGUAUAUAAUGAAGGAUUUAUACCUCACUGGAGAGUAAUUAUUAUGUUCAAUUAUUUUGUUUUUCAGUCUCUAAUUUCACAUUUCAUGGGCCAAAUUUGUCACAUAACUAUUCUAUUUCAAAUAGGCCCAAACGAGUUAAUGUAAAGAAAUUUGUAUAUUAUAGUGAUAGUCUUAAUAAAUUAUAUUUAAGGGUUACUUAGACAUAGGAAAAAAAAUGCAACCUCUUCAACGUUCUUCAAAAAUGGAGAAAAAAAAUUGAGAGACAUUGGCUCUAAAUAUUGAAACUGAAAUAAACUAAUUCCAUAAACCUU